AGAGAGAUUCUUCCAAGUCAUGAACACGUUAUAUAUGUUCUCAAACCCUCUGUGCAUCUAUUAUGUUCAUGAGGGAUUGAAACGCCAAUAAAACAUCAAUCCCACGUUUUUUGUCCAUCUUUUUGUUGUUUGUUUCUAUCUACAAGCAGACAUGUUUCUUCACUAAAACUCACAUGAAAUCCCCUUUAUAUAUAUAUAUAUAUUUGACGUGAGUUUGCUCUAGCUCUAGCUCUAGCUUGCUUGGUUAGCGUGUUGAACUGCUUAAAACGUGGAAACCAAAAAAGCAUGCCAAUUAACCUGCCUUUUGUUGUGAACUCUUUGUUAAUUAUCGGCCUCUCUCUACUUCCUCCAUCUCCUUUGCUUUUUAACUGAAAGUUGAGCACCUAAAGCUGUUCUUCAGGCACCAUUAAUAGUCACUCCUUUUAACUCAAAGUUUCAGGAGCUGAUUAAGCUGGGUUUUCCGAUCCCUUCACAAAAAGCCACUGAUCAAUAUGAAAGGACCCUCAAAAGAUUCUUGGCACCCAGUCAUGGCUUCUGAUACAACAACUUCAAGUUACUGGCUGAACUGGAGGGUGUUGCUCUGUUCCAUAUGGGUCUGGAUUUCCAUGGUUUUCGCACUCUUUCUGAUAUGGAAAUACGAAGGUUUCCGCAAACGCAGUCCCGGAGAAACCCAGCAACAAGAAGAAGCAGGAGCUUUAUAUGAGGAUGAAACUUGGCGGCCAUGUUUGAAAGGAAUCCACCCUGCUUGGCUGCUAGCAUUCAGAGUUUUUGCUUUCUUUGUGCUCUUAGUGCUGCUCAUUGUCACUACUUUGACAGAUGGAGGCGGCGGUCUAUUUUACUUCUACACUCAGUGGACUUUUACAUUAAUCACCAUUUAUUUUGGGCUCGGAUCGUUGCUCUCCAUGUAUGGGUGUUACCAAUAUCAUAAGAAAGCUGGUGGUGACAGGGUUGGUAAUGUAGAGGGAGAUGCAGAGCAAGGUACUGGUGGGGCUACUACACAUGGGGAAAAUUCUAAAAUGUCUGAUCCAUCCAAAAGCUCUGGCCCCCAUGAACAACAUAAUCUACGCAAACCUGCAGGCAUCUGGGGUUAUGUGUUUCAAAUAAUUUUCCAGAUGAAUGCAGGUGCUGUUAUGCUCACAGAUUGUGUCUUUUGGUUUAUCAUUGUUCCUUUUCUUACAAUGAAAGAUUACAACCUAAAUUUUCUGAUUAUAAACAUGCACACAAUCAAUGCUGUUUUCCUGCUUGGUGACACGGCUUUGAAUUCCUUGCGGUUUCCGUGGUUUCGAAUCGGAUAUUUCUCCCUAUGGACAGUCGUUUAUGUAGUUUUCCAGUGGAUAGUUCAUGCUAGUGUCAAACUCUGGUGGCCAUAUCCAUUUCUUGACUUGUCUUCUUCGUAUGCUCCAUUAUGGUACUUGUCGGUGGCAGUAAUGCAUAUCCCAUGCUAUGGCAUCUUUGCUCUGAUCAUGAAGCUGAAACAUUUUGUGCUGUCAACCAAGUACCCGCAGUCCUAUCAGUGCAUGACAUAAACUGGGCAUAGAAACUUUCUGAAGCAAAAACAGAAGUAUUGAUACAUGUCUUGAACAAAAAUUCAUAAAAAAAUAUACAAAAAUGGUCAAACAAGGUAGUCUUAGAUUGUUCAUGUAUCCAUUCCAACUGGAAUGGCACAGAUGUAAUAACAAAUAGUUCUUGAGAGAAAUUAAUUGAGAAAUACUUGUUCCUCUGA